CUGUCGGCAGCGCCUGGGGAGAGGGCGGGGUCAGACCUGAAUUCAGCGACUGGGGCCGGGGGCCGUGAUCGGAUCACGGGGCCGGGCCGGGGUAGAGGCCGAGGCCGAGGCCGGGCCGGAGCCAUGAAGGGGAAAGAAGAAAAGGAGGGAGGGGGCGGCGGCGGUGGCGGGGCCCGCUUGGGCUCGGGGGGCGGCGGCGCGGGCAGCCCCGAGAAGAGCCCCAGCGCCCAGGAGUUGAAGGAACAGGGGAAUCGGCUCUUUGUGGGCCGCAAGUACCCGGAGGCCGCAGCCUGUUACAGCAAAGCCAUCACCCGAAAUCCCCUUGUGGCUGUUUAUUACACCAACCGGGCGCUGUGCUAUCUGAAGAUGCAGCAGCACGACAAGGCACUCGCAGACUGCAAGCAUGCUCUAGAGCUGGACAGCCAGUCAGUGAAGGCCCACUUCUUCCUGGGCCAGUGCCAGUUGGAGAUGGAGAACUAUGAUGAGGCCAUUGCCAACCUGCAGAGAGCCUACAAUCUUGCCAAGGAGCAGCGGCUGAACUUUGGGGACGACAUCCCAAGUGCGCUGCGCAUUGCCAAGAAGAAGCGUUGGAACAGCAUUGAGGAACGGCGUAUUCAUCAGGAGAAUGAACUUCAUGCCUACCUCACCAAGCUCAUCAUGGCAGAGAGAGAGAGGGAGCUGGAGGAGUGUCAGCGGAGCCAAGAGGAAGAGAACGGAGACGAAAGCCGGAACCGUGCCCAGCAGGCCAGCAUCGAAGCCAAACACGAUAAGUACUUGGCAGAUAUGGAUGAGCUUUUCUCCCAAGUGGAUGAGAAGAGAAAGAAACGAGACAUCCCAGACUAUCUAUGUGGGAAGAUCAGUUUUGAACUGAUGCGGGAGCCAUGCAUCACUCCCAGCGGUAUCACAUAUGACCGAAAAGAUAUUGAGGAACAUCUGCAGCGAGUGGGCCACUUUGACCCUGUGACCCGAAGCCCCCUCACCCAGGAGCAGCUCAUCCCCAACCUGGCUAUGAAGGAAGUGAUUGAUGCCUUCAUUUCUGAGAAUGGCUGGGUAGAAGAUUACUGAAGCUUCUAGCCUCUUUCCUUGGAGCCCCUCUGUUCCCCAGGGCCAACCAUGCCUUAUUGUUCAUCUGGUCUGUCUCUUACCCUGACCUGCCUGCUGGGUACUGAGCCAGCCUCCCAUCUCUGGACUGCCUGGACUGGGGACCCGGGCUGGGCUUUGGGGGCUUGCUGGUUUCUGGAGUUGUAGAGGGUGUCUGCCUCCCAAAGGAUAAGACUUUAUCCUGGCACUUGCCUGGUUCCUGCUGUGGAGGUUGGCAUGGUCUCUAGCACCUACCUUCUACUUCCCUUUCCCCAUGUAUAUAAUUUGUGUUCACUCCCUCCUUUCUCAUUUAACAGCCAUGACCUGUUUUGAGCCAUGACCCUAGCCCUGGGGGAGGGCUCUCCCUGGCCCCUCUUACCUGUUCUGCAACUGUCCGAAGGGGCUAGAAAUGGAGUAGGAAUGGACUGAAAGAAGCUCUGUGGAGGGUAAUAAAAUCUGUGAGCAAUA